GCCGCAGAGCGUAAAAUUUAAUUAUGAAGCACUUAUAGCCCAGUGGAUAGAGCACUUGUUUGCGGAGCAAGAGGCCGGAGGUUCGAUUCCUCCUAAUUUUUGGUUGGGAAAGGUGUCUGCCAAAAGCCAACUGUCCUCCUCUAAAAAUAACCAAUCGCCCAGCGAUAAUUCUGAAAUCCAACAAUUAAAAUUACAACUAAACACGGUCAAAAAUCAACUAAAUAAUUUAACCAAUGACCCGCAAAAAAACCAAUUAGAGGAUACAAUAACGGCACUAGAAAAUAAAGUGAAAAAUCUGAUUAACCCGGAUAAAUCGACUAUCCGGCAGUUGAAGCAGGAAAUUAAAGAAAUUAGGGAGAAGUUGGAAAAUAACGAUAAACCCGACCGUAAUCCCCCACCAACCGGUAAAACCGAAAUAAAACUUCGCUAUGUUGGCGAGGCCGAUAACGAAGAGGUGGCUUUUAAUAAUUUUUUCGGAAAACAAAAUAGAGAAGAUUUAAGACUUUUUUAUAUUAGCCGAAACCACCCGCAAAUUAAGGAACUAAUGAGCCAAGGCAAAUUACAAUUUGAUAGGGCUUUCAUCGCUCGCUAUGGAAAAGUCGACCACAUUAGCCCCAACAAUUUGAUGUAUACUUUUAAUGAAAACAAUCAAGAAUUAGAGAUUAGAGAGGCCUAG